AUGGCGGAGCUCAAGGAAGAUAACGCAGUGCAGCUUCACCAGCAGGACGCCAGUGUUAAAGAAGAUCCAGGGAUGCCAGCAACAUCUGAGGACAAGAGCCAUCAGUCGUCCAUUCAUGAUGUCACUUCCAGUGAUGUGAAAGUCGAGGACAAUCAAGGACAAACUCCUGUCUCCACAACCUCAGAGAGACACGUAUCUAUCCAGACUUCACUGGAGGGUCUAGAAAUGCUAGUAGACUUGAAUGGAGCUGGUAAGAAGUCAUGUCCGUUAUGUCCUGAGGAGAAGUUCAAGGCCUGUUAUAGUCAUAAACUGAGACGCCACCUGCAGAACCUGCACUGGAAAGUCUAUGUGGAAUUUGAAGGUCAGAAAAUGUGUAUUUGUCAUCUGCCCUGUAGACAGAUGAAGUCUAACCAGGGAACUGAUCAGAGUCAAGCCCGACUAGUGGCACACUACCAUUGUGUAGUAUGUUCAGUGACUAUUGCCAGAAAAACAGACAUGGUCAGCCACCUCAAAAGACACGUCAACAAAGGCGAGACUGAGGCCAGUUAUACGGGCACCUCGGACACAUCGUACGAAGAACCGGUCCCAAGUGGACAAGCCUACGAGAUCAUGAAGGAGCUGGGCACCAACGUGCAGCUCAUGCCCAACUACAGCACACCACAGAAGACAGACUCCUACUUCAGCCGCAAGAUGAAGAACAACAGGCAGCUGGUAUUUUGUUCUCUUGCGGUUCUUGCAGAGGAAAGAAGUCCAGUGGAAUGUCUGGAUGCAUUUGGAGCCACUGGUAUAAUGGGCCUGCAGUGGGCCAAGCACCUUCAUAGUGCUGUUAAAGUGACCAUAAAUGACAUCAGUGAGGCCUGCGUGAAGAUGAUCAAGGAGAACUGUCAACUCAACAACAUCCGAGUGGAUGGGGGGCGCAUGGGCUGGCAGACGGAGAGUGCGGGGGACAACGACUCGUCUGUCAACACUGUAGAAGUGUGCCAGAUGGAUGCCAACGUCAUAAUGCACCUGAGAGCCUUUGACUACAUACACUUGGACCCAUUUGGCACGUCAGUCAACUACUUGGAUGCUGCGUUCCGAAACGUGCGCAACUUGGGCAUUGUUUCAGUGACCUCAACAGACACCGGAUCACUUUACUCCAAAUCUCUGAACGUGACCCUCCGCCAUUACGGUUGCCAGAUCGUCAGGACGGAAUACUACAGAGAGCUGGCAGCACGCAUGGUAGUUGCCUCAGUAGCCAGGGCCGCAGCACGCUGUAAUAAAGGAAUCGAGGUUUUAUUGGCCGUGGCUCUGGAACAUUUCGUGCUGGUAGUGGUGCGGGUGCUCCGGGGCCCCACGCAAGCUGACGAAUCGGCCAAGAAGCUCCGGCAGCUACUGCACUGCCAGUGGUGUGAGGAGAGGGUGUUCCUUAAACCAGGCAGCAUGGUUGAGGAGAAUCUGUACAAACAGCUGCCGUGUCAGUGCCAUGGCAGCAUGCCUGGGAAAACCGCUGUUGAGCUAGGACCUCUUUGGUCAGGGUCUCUGUUCAACGUGGGCUUCCUGAGGCGCAUGCUGGUGGCAGCAGUACAGCACAGCAUGGACGAUAUUCAGCCUUUGGUGAAGACCCUGAUCUCUGAGGCUGAAUGCACCACACUCAAGUCUUUCUCUGUCAGCGGCCAAUCAGUUCUGGCCAACCAGGUGGAGUGUGGUGUGGUCAUCAAGACUUUACAGAAGGUGGAGGAAGUGGACACUGCUGAUCAGUCAGGCAAGAGAAAAGGUGGAGAUGAGUCUGGUAGCGUGGUAAAGAAGCUGAAAUCAGACGCGUCCUUGGAGCAUCCUGCUUUCUACUACAGCAUUCAUCGUCACAGCAUCCGUGGCAUGAACAUGCCCAAGCUAAAUAAGUUUCUGCAGUACCUGACUGAGGCCGGGUUCAGAGUGAGCCGCACGCACUUCGACCCUACAGGAGUUCGCACUGAUGCCACACUGGAGCAGUUCAAGUCUGUGCUCACCAAGUACAGUGUGUCUACCUACAACCCUGUACCAUCCAGUGCCAGCAGCAAGAAGGAUGGGGCGGGCAAAACGAACUAAGUCAUCCAAAAGUACCGGAGUGAGAGCAAAUCGAAUUGUAACCAUCCUGUCUGCACAUAACAUUAUACAAUUAAACAGAUGUUUCAGCUGUUUGUCUUCUAGAAA